UCUAAUAAUUCAAACUAGAAAGACGAGUUAGGUUCGUCGAACAGCUCAGUCUUUCCGAAUAGCGAGUGGGUAAGAGGCGAUGUUUACUAAGGAUACAACUUUUCACACCUGAUUCAGAAGCACUAGGAGGGUCCGCGGAGUAGUUUAGUUGCUGAGCUGCUUUGACAUUGAGAUUUGGCUCUGGUUGUCCUCAGCUUUUACUGCUUGGCCACACUGAUUCAUUAAAGUGAUUAGCACUAUUUCACUACCUGACCUUACUGGGCCUUAGGCAAGAUAGCCGAAGAUUAAUGCUAAUCAGGGUCUUUGAAUUCUGAUACUAAACUAAAGACAGCUAGCGUUGCUUCAUCCUCAUACAUUUGGCCUUUUGGAAACAGUACAAUCUGCAGAUGAUCUAUUUUAGGGAUUUAUGACUAAUAUCUUUUAACAUCACCUCCCAACUUAAUUAUGCAGUGUGGUUAACUAACAUGCAUAGUUUUUUUACUCCCUGCUCCUUUACUUUCAAUCAAAUAAGCAUGGGAUUGUUUAGGUUAAAGAGACAAGCCAGCCUCCUCGCCCCCCUCCUCGAGCACACAAACACAUUUUUAUUUCAUUUGGAGAACAGCUUGCAGAUUAACAAACACAAAUCGUUUCAGAAAAACAAAAACAUUUACGAAAAUGUACACUCUUUUGGGUACGUCUGUGUUCCUCGUUUCUAGAUAAUGGUACGUGCCUCUUGAAUGUUUUACAGACUUGAAGAAAGAUUCACAGGACACGGCUCUAGGAGAGACACUGUGAGAUGGCGGAAGGGAAAGUAACAGUGCUCACGAUCCUGCCAGAGAAAUUCAACCUCCAUCUGGAGAAUUACAAGAAACCAAACCUGCUGUACUGUUACAAUGGAGGCUAUUUCCUGCGUGUACUUCCAAAUGGGGCAGUAGAUGGCAUCAGAGACAGAAGCGACAAACACAUUCAACUGCAAGUCACAGCCGAGAAUGUAGGAGUGGUGUCCAUAAAGGGACUAGAAGCUGGGAGAUAUUUAGCAAUGAGCACAGAUGGACAGCUGUGCGGAUCGCAGACACUGACAGACGAAUGCUUCUUUCUGGAAACGCUAGAAGAAAACCAUUACACCAUGUGAAAGGGAGCGUGAGGAUCUGAGCUGCAAAUCUCCCUCCCGACCCAAGAGGGCGCUAAGCAGAGGUACUUGCACGCCUGUUCAGAGACGGGCCGGCUUGGAGAGAGGGGAGGAAAAGGAAGUCGGCCAUCUUGGUGCAGGGCGGAAUGACCAUAUUAGGGGACAAGAUUACUGUGAUCAGCUGUGCUGCAUUAGAUAACUGGCAGGUGUGCUGAGUCGCGCUGAUCAUGGGGUGGAGUCUCCUAGUAUAUAAGGGCUGUCAUUCUGUAAGUGUGGGGCUUUUGGAGGUAAUACUAAACAUGGGUUGCUGAGCUGUGUGGUUUUUGUUUGUUUGUGUUUUUGAUUUGUUUAUCGUCAGGACUGGGGUCAGACGCCAAGGCGCUGCCGCACUACUGCCAGCACUUUUCACGUUGGACAUCACACGCCCCGCACAACUGAACUGGACACUUCAGCACCUGAGCACCUGCACUUUUCACCACCCCACAAGUGCACCCAAAGAGCUGAGAGGGACUUGCUCUAUUGGGACUUAUGAUAUUUGUACUUUUGUUGCUUUGGACUGUUUCCCCUUUUAAUAAAGUUCACCCUCUACCAUUGUGGUAGAGUUUUUGCACCUCUACAAAGUGACUCUGUGACGUGUAUUCCACAUCCACACCCACUGCACCGUCACACACCACUUACAAAGCCCAGAAGUACCAAGACAGAAACUGGUAUCUGGGAAUCAAAAAGAAUGGAAGCUGCAAGUCUGGAGAAAAGACUCACAUCGGACAGAAGGCUAUUCUCUUCCUCCCUCUUUCAGCCAGCAGCGAUUAGUCAACUGGACCACUGGAACCAGGGGCCAACAGCAGCCUGAAAAUAAGUGCUGUUCCAUUAAAUACAGCGUAAUGUUUAUCCUUCAACACAAACACAUACAGAGCACUAAAAAAAUAUCAUUACUCGGACACUAUCGCUAUGGACCAAUCACAGGUAAGGGAAGAGGGACUGCUCAACAUUCUCAGAGACCAUCAGCAUGGUCUUCAAGAAGGCGAGGUGCAGGGGUGUCCUGUCACAGGAGAUAAAACACAAUUUCAUUUAGCUGGGUCAUGGUCUGACGUUGGCUGCUUGCCAUUAAAAUUCCACAAUAAAACAAAGAAGCUAUAUACACAACUGUUUGAUAAAACUAGUAAGCCUGUGUCUCAGGUGUGAGUGCAUCCUUUAGGUGUGGGAUUACACCAUUACCAUCAUCGAAUUCAAUCAGGUCAUUUUUAAUAUUGUUUACAUGUGAUGUUCAAUAAGUAUGUUUUGCAAUUUUAUGGUCCUGUCCUUGUUUGAAUAGAUUUGAACAGGAAGAGGGAAGGUAGGAAAGGUCUAUUUUAACCAACGUAGCAAAGGUAUAUUUUAACCGGCCACCAAGCUUAUUUUAUUAUAACAGACAUUUCUACUAAAUUACGUUUUGCUGCGCAUUCUUGGUGCUGUUGCUUAGCACAGCCACAAGGUGUCAGUACUGGAUCAGAAGUGACAGUCGUUUACAUAUGGCACUCAAACACAGCAUUUGUUUUAUAAUUUCAAAAUAUAUUUUCUAACUAAAAUUAAUAGGACCCAGGGAGGGGGGAGUUCAAUAUAAGAGCUGAUAUUAAAAAAAAUACACUUAUACAUUAUUAAAUGUAAACUGCAAUCUAAAACUUGUAUAAGAGUUUGAUUCUGUUACCUCAGUCCACACAGAUGUUAUGCCUGAACACCUUAGACAAGGCUGAGCAGGGCUUUAACCCCUAGCCUUUGGCAUUGCAACCCAGUGCUCUUACCAUUAAGCUAGUGAUGAGCUCUUACUGUGCCAUUCUGCAGACGAUUCCUUUUCCAGUGUCGGGCUGUAUAAUUUGGCUUUCACCAAAGGAAUUAAAAAACAGCCCUGUAUCACAUGCCCAUGAGGCAUUACCCAGCAGCCCUCAAAGCUGUGCCACUAGGCAGGAUUGUGCCAAAGCGUUGUGGCUGCAACACAGAUAAAUAGCAUUAGAAAACUGUAUGUACGGUAGCUGGCAUUAGUCAUUCCACAAGCAGUGUGUUGGGUUCAACAGUAUCAUCACCUGAGCUGUGAGUCUUAAUGUUUUUUCAGGUUUCUGCAGAUCGUACACAAGGAGACCAGAAGUAAGUCCCUGUAUCAUUCAGAGAGGUUGACGUAAUUAAAAUGUUGUACUAAUUGAAUUACCAAUUGAGUGUUUUCUUACCUUGGCCCGACAGUGGGUAUGGUGACUCAUACAGCAUUCCCCAGUCAAGCUGAUCUCAUGCUGAAUGUAUGGUGAUGUACAGUAAAGAGGGUCUCCCCAAAGCCAGUGCUUGUGUUGUGCUCUUUUUUUCUGUCUCAACAGACCUGACUUAAAUUUGAACGGUACUUGAUAAACUGCUUUCUCUCCAAUUUGUCAAAGCUUUCUGCCAUGUGAAUCGUUCUUGUGAAAGGAAAAUAAAUGUCAGUGUUGCAAACCACAGAUUAAUCUAAGGUCUCUGGUGUCCACUUAAAUUGUCUCUCACUACUGAAGUUUUAUAGCAUGUGUUGAGAAACGAAUGUUUUUCUUUUUCACAGAAAUGAUGCAAAUAGCACCCUUUUCUAAUUAUUUAAAAUGUAUCUUAUUCAAUGCUGUGCACCCUGUUUACCACAGUCAUUUUGUGGUUUUCCUAAUGCUUUCCCCGUGGUUAUAUUAUGUACUUAGCAUAGUUUGCCACCAUGUUUUUAAAUUUGCUUUUACUAAUGUUGAAGAUAUUUUUGUGCCAGUGCUUUGUUUA